AUGUCUGUAAAACUCUUUGUUGGAGGUCUAUCUUGGGAUACUGAUGACCGUGCUCUCAAAAGUAAAUUCGAAGAAUAUGGGACAGUUGAAGAUGCUGUAGUCAUUCGUGAUCGUGAAAAUGGACGUAGUCGUGGAUUUGGAUUUGUUACUUAUUACAAGGAAGAAGAAGCUGAACUAGCAAUCAGAAAUUUAAAUGAAAAGGAAUUCGAUGGUCGUACUAUCAAGGUUGAUCGUGCUUCUGAACACGAAUUUUCAAUUGAAGCAAUUCAAGAAGAAAUUAAUAGAAUGGGUUCAAGUUUAAAAAAGAAUCAUCAUUCGCCUAGUUUUUCCUCGAAUAAUUCUUUAUCGAAUCUAUCAUCCCAACAAUUAUUUGUUCGACAAUCAAGAUCAAAAUCUAAUUCAUUGUUAAACAAUAAUGAUCAUACAUUAUUACCACCUUUAUCACCUAUAAGUUCUAAGCCUUUACAAAUCAAUGGCUUAACAAUAGAAUUGCCUGCUAACAAGAGUGCUACAUCUAAUAAUAAUAAUUCACCGUCCUCGUCAUCUUCACCAACGUUAUCAUCUUUAAUAGACCACUCCGCCCCCUCCGUAUUAUUGUCACGUCUAUCACCUAUUCCAGAAAUGUUUAAUUCACAUUCUCCAAUUUCUUCUGUAGGAUGGCUUGAUGAAAGUAGUAGUGAUGAUGACAGUGAAGGUUCAACCACUAGUAGUGGUAGCGAUAGUAGCAUAACAGCAACUACCACCGCUACUACAACAGGAAAGAAAAUACGCAGAACUCCUACAACUGGUCAUAGAUUAAAUGGUAAAUCAUUAUCAUCCAAGAAAAAAAAAAUUCCUUUAUCAUCUUUGUCAACAUUGCCUCCACCAUUGCCACCAUUACCAUCAUCUGCAACUUCUUUAACAUUUCAAAAAAAAUCAUCAUCAACUACUACCGCAACUACAACCACUUUGUCCUCUUCACAUGACACUAAAGAUAUUGCUACUCUUGCUACUAAUAGGAGUGGCAACAAAGAUAAUUCAAUUAAUAGAAGAUCAAAUGAAGAUUUAAAACAACAACUUUAUCAUCGUCAUACAAAGUCUCAUAAUCAUCAGCACAGUUCACAACAAAGACAAAGAAGAAUGAGUGAUUCUUCAAUCGAGGAAUUAAAUAAUAUUGAUGAAAGAAACACCAAUAAUAAUAAUGUUGUUGCUGCAAAUAUAAACACUAGUACUACCAACAUUGUUAGACACCGCAGAUCAAUUGAUAAUAUCAAUCCUAGUAACAAUGUCAUUAGCACUAGUAAGAAACAAAAAGAACCUAAUAAUAAUGCUGUUUAUAAUCAUCAUCACCAAAGAGGCCAUGAAAGGUCAACUAGACCAAAGGAAACUACGAUGGAUGAACGUGGCCCUAGAGAACCAUUAAUAACGAAUGUUGAAGAACAACAACAACGCGGACGUGGCAAGUCUAGAACUAGAGAACCAUUAAUAACUAGCGUUGAAGAACAACAACGCGGACGUGGCAAGUCUAGAACUAGAGAACCAUUAAUAACUAGCGUUGAAGAACAACAACGCGGACGUGCCAAAUCUAAAGCUAAAGAACCAUUAAUAAAUAGCAUUGAAGAACAACAGCGCGGACGUGCCAAGUCUAGAAAUAGAGAACCGUUAAUAACUACUAAUGUUGAAGAAUCACCAUCACAACAACGUGAAACACGUGCUAAAUCUAAAACAAGAGAAUCUAAAAACGGAAAGCAGAAAUCUAAAGGACGGUCAAAAGAUUUUGAUUUUGCUGAUCAAGAUAAACAUCCAUUACCUCGUCGUGACAAAACGAAAUAUUCGGAAAAUUCAACACAUGUUGAAAAUAGUGAAUUCAAGCUUACAGCACAAAUAUAUAUUGAAGAAACACAUCAAUCCAAAAAAAUAUCACUAACAUCUGAAAUGACAGCUUUGGAUGUAUUGAAUUCAUUGCGUAAUAAUCAAUCAAUUAGUGAUGAUGAUUCAUGGACAAUAUUUGAACUAAUUAAUGAAUUUGGAUUAGAACGUCCAAUAAGGGAUUGGGAAUAUUUAUCAAGAAUUAUUGAAACUUGGGAUUAUGAUAGAAAGUAUGCAUUUGCUCUAAAGAAAUAUCCAUAUAGAAAUGCAUUAACAAUUGAUGGGUUCAAUAACGCUGUUCCGCCAAUGUUUGGUUUCUUACAUAUGGAAGUAAAGAAAAAUAAAUGGCAAAAAAGAUAUUUUCAUGUUAAAGAUGGUUCUUUAUAUUACAAUAAUAAUGGCAAAGAUACUAAAUCAAAAACCAGUGACAAUUUUUUAUGUACAAUGGCAAAUUUCGACGUUUAUUCGCUAGUAAAAUCGUGUAACAGGAAACCACCAACAAAAUUUGUUUUUGCAUUAAAAUCUCAAGAUAAAAUAACAAUGUUUGAAAAUCCUGAAAAUGAUUAUAUUAAAUAUUUAUGUGCUGAUCAUUACGAUAAAAUGAAAGAUUGGGUAUUAAGUAUUAGUACUGCUAAGAAUAAUUUGAUGCUUGCUGAAAAUCCCGAAUUGUUCUUAAAAAUGGGCUUUAAAGAUGAUAGUAAUAAAGAUAAAAUAAUUACUGAAAAAUCAGAUUCAUCAUUAUCACAGUCUUUUCAGCAACAACAAAACGUUCGCAGUAAUCAUCUUGGAAAACCUAAUUCUGAAGUAAUGUUUAAAGAAGGUUCUUUACUGGGUUCUAGUGAUAAAAAUUUAUCAGCACCAAAUGCUUCUAGUACUACCACUAUUAUAUCAUUUGUUAAAGGAUCAUUGUUGGAUACAAAUGAAGCUUUACUUGAAGAAGUUAAAGAACGAGAAAAAAUGCGUAGAGCAUUAAAUGGAUCAGGAUAUGUAAAAGAUUCAAUGAAUAAUAUCACGUACAUUAAUAUUGGUGAAUCUAUAAAAUUUAAUAAAGGUUCUUUAUUAGAUAAAAAUCGAGAAAUUGUUGAAUCAUCGUCAACUAAUAACACAGAUGGUGCUAGUUUUGGUAAUGGUAGCGCUAAUAAUAAUAACAUGACUGAUCAAUUGAUUCAUAUUGAUGAAGGAAUAAAAUUUAAUAAAGGGUCGUUACUUGAAGAAAAUCAAGAAAAGAAACUUAGUAAAAAAUCAAUGAAAACAGUCGGUGAAAUAGAUCUUAAACUUGAUGCGCAACAUACAUUAGCGUUAAGAAAUACAAAUAUACAACCUUUAUUAAGUUUUGUACCUAGUGAAAACAAAGAAAUAGAAAUGGCAAAAUCACCAAGAAGAUUUUUAUUUGGCGUGAUUGGGAAGAAUCGUAAUAAUAAUAGUAAUAAGAAUGAUAAUGAUAAUAAAUUAAGCGAUAAUGAAUAUAAUACCGAAGAGGAAGAAGAGGAACCAAAAAGUUAUUUUGAUUUUUAA